GGUUUCUUUUUCCCUGUCUUGUCUCUUUUAAAUGAACCAUGGAAUUUAGCUUGGGUUCCUCUCAAUGAACUUUACAAAUGGAAAAGAAGGAUAAUUCAUGUUCCCCCACUGGUUUCCUCGAGGAUUUCUUCAAGAGUGAAGAAUUUGAAAGGAAUCAUUCAUGCAAAGAACAUAACAUAGAUUCAACAAAUGAGCAGAAUUCAAAGCAAGGUUCUCGACGAUGGCGAGGAUUCGGGCAAUUAUUCACAAGUAAAUCGAAGAAAUCAUUAGUCAAUUUUCAUUCUCUAGGGUCACUCAGGCUCUCGUUGAAGAGUAGUAGCAUGCGAGAAAAUGUUGCCGUGGCACCGGUUUUUCUCGCCGACGGCAAUUCAUUUAAUCGUAGGUGUUCGAGGAAAGUUUUCGCUCUUUCCGAGCUUCGAAUCGCCACUAAAAACUUCAGCACAGAGAAUCUUGUUGGAAAGGGUGGAUAUGCUGAAGUUUAUAAAGGAAGAUUACAUAAUGGGCAGCUUGUUGCCAUUAAAAGGCUAACGAAAGCCACACCCGAUGAGAUUAUAGGCGAUUUCUUGUCCGAGCUUGGUAUUAUGGCUCAUGUGAACCAUCCCAAUGCUGUUAAGUUAAUUGGCUAUGGAAUUGAAGGUGGGAUGCAUCUUGUCCUUGAGUUGUCCCCUAGUGGAAGCUUAGCUUCUCUUCUUUAUGGUUCAAAGGAAGUACUGACAUGGGGUAUUAGGUUUAAGAUUGCUCUAGGGACAGCUGAAGGUUUAAGGUAUCUUCAUGAAGGUUGUAAGAGGAGAAUCAUCCAUAGAGAUAUCAAGGCUGCAAACAUUUUGCUUACAAAGGACUUUGAUCCUCAGAUUUGUGAUUUCGGGCUUGCGAAAUGGCUACCAGAACAAUGGACUCACCACAAAGUUUCCAAGUUCGAAGGCACAUUCGGCUACCUCGCUCCUGAGUACUUAAUGCAUGGCAUAGUCGAUGAGAAAACUGAUGUUUUCGCCUUCGGUGUACUGUUGCUGGAACUCGUCACGGGCCGCAGAGCUCUGGAUUUCUCUCUGCAGAGCCUUGUAUUGUGGGCAAAACCUUUGCUAAAGAAAAACGACAUUAGAGAGCUGAUCGAUCCUGCUCUUGGACAAGAUUACAGUGUUCGACAAGUGAACCUCGUCCUCUUGGUAGCAUCGAUGUGCAUACAUCAAACUUCGAUACGGCGCCCUUAAAUGAGUCAGGUUAUAGAGCUGCUUAAUGGCAACCCCAACAGCUUAAAGAGCGCGAGACAAUGUCGGGUCCCGUUCUUUGGAAAAGCAUUUCAUGAAGAGACCUACAAUGGUGAAGAUCUAAGCUUUAGAAACAAGUUGCAUUCAGUAAGAUAAAAUUCAGUGGUGCACAAAAGGG